CAUCUCAUCAUUCCAAUUCCCAAGCUAAGUUUCCCCCAAGCCCACUAGAGAAACUUGUAAGCAAAACAUGGCUUCAGGGGUCAAUGCUCAAGGAAACAUCAUUCUCCUGGUGGCUGUAGCUACCUCUCUUUUGGCAGUCACUCAGGCUGCCACCGUGGUCGUUGGAGGCUCUGAAAACUGGCGCUAUGGUUACAACUACACGGAGUGGGCGGCCAACAACGCACCAUUUUACUUUGAAGACACCUUAGUGUUCAAAUAUAAGGCUACCCCAGCUCACAGCGUUUACCUGCUGCCAAACUUGUGGAGUUACUUAACAUGCGAUUUCAGUAAAGCAAAGCUUUUGGCUAAUCCAAGUCAAGGACAGGGCAAUGGCUUCAAAUUCGUGCUAAACCAAUGGAGGGUUUUCUACUUCGCUUCUGCUGAAGGUAACGACUGCAAAGAUGGGAUGAUGAAGCUCAUUAUUGUGCCUUGGCCACGUGCUUAAAAUCCUUUUAUAAAACACCAAGGGAGACUGCUCGGUUUGAAGGUACUCAAUCGUUUGGGAGAGGACCAUCAGCCAUGAUUGAAUAAAUAUAAUAAAGGGUCAUCACUUGGUCAUGAUCAGUCAUAAAAUUGUUCAAUGUUCGUUGUAUACGUUUUGUUCUAUUUUUCCCUUCGAUGGGUAGACGUCAUAGGAAAAAGUUCGUGAAUUGCUUUCGUUCUUGUUAAAACAAAAGGAAUUGUGUUGUGUCUUGUUGAAUGCAUAUCUGUUAUCAUUAUACAGAAAUAAAAUUGAGUUUUCUCUAUUUACAGCUUA